AUGAAGAACAUUUGCUUCCUGUCCGUUGCGACCCUGGCGGCUCUCAGCCAUGCCACCCCCGUCAGCAACUCGCCCGAAGCCGGCUCCACGACGUCGGACAAGUAUCCUCCUUCGGCCACAUCCGUAAACACUGCGCUCUUCCCUGGAGAGCCCGUCGUCGGAUAUCCCGGCACGACGAUUACUGGUGUCGAGCCCGCUGCUGCGGAGACGGCGCCAUCUUACCCGUACAACGACGGGCCGGCCAACCAGUUUCCCCUCGUUGCCCCCGUGCCGCACGGCGAGUCGGACGACUCGACGUUCGACAUCAAGAAGUACUGGGGCAAUUUGUCUCCGUGGUACUCGGUCUCAUCUGCAGACUACGGUCUCCCAGAUGCCAGCCCGCUCAUUCCCGAUGGAUGUGACAUAGUCCAGGUCCAUCUGCUGUACCGGCAUGGUGCCCGUUAUCCCACCAGUGGCGCUGCCCCCGCACAGUUUGCACAGAAGAUCCACAACGCCACCAAGACCGGCUUCAGCGCCUCGGGAGACUUGAGUUUCCUGGCUGAUUGGACGUACAAGCUGGGUGCUGAGCUGUUGACCCCAUUCGGUCGGAGCCAGAACUUCCUGCUUGGUAUCGAGUACCGCCAGCUCUAUGGUUCGCUGCUCAACAACUUUACGGAGCAGGGGACCAUUCCCGUCUUCCGGACUCAAUCCCAGGACCGGAUGGUCAAGACGGCCAACAACUUUGCCGCCGGGUUCUUCGGUGUGCCCGAGUAUCUAGACCAAGUCAGCAUCGAGAUUCUGGUUGAGGCUUCCGGCCUGAACAACUCCGGCGCUCCCUACGAGACUUGCACAAACGCCGACGUCUCCAGCAGAGGAUCGAUCGGCAGCACCGUGGCGGCUAAGUUUGCGAACAAUGCAUUCAAUGCUACGCUUGGUCGCCUCAACUCCCUCGUUACAGGCAUCACCUUUACACCCAGCGAUGUCAUUACGAUGCUGCAGCUCUGCUCGUACGAGACGAAUGCCCUGGGUUACUCGGCCUUCUGCGACCUCUUCACUCAGGAGGACUACCUGAACUACGAGUACUACUACGACCUCUCAUUCUACUACUCAAACGGCCCCGGCUCCCCGGUCUCCGCCGCCCAGGGCAAGGGCUACCUGCAGGAAUUCGUCGCACGCUUCACGGGCAGCUACCCAACUGCCGAGUCCGCCCUCGACGAGAACUAUGACAACAACCCGACCUACUUCCCGCUCAACCAGAGCAUCUACGCCGACGCCACGCACGAGGUCGUCGUCCUCGACACGCUGACCGCGUUCAACCUCACCGCCUUGUUCCAGGGCGAGCCCCUGUCGGCGACGGGGAACAGCCGGCAGAACAACUUCGUAGCCAGCAAGGUCGUUCCGUUUGCCACGCACUUUACCGUGCAGGUGCUCGAGUGCCCGGCUUACCAACCUACAAAGCAGAUCCGUUUCAUUGUGAAUGACGCCGUUGUCCCCGUCAACGGCUCGUAUCCCGGCUGCGAGUAUGACGCGGACGGUCUCUGCUCCUUUGACAACGUCGUGUCUGUUCUGCAGAAGCGCAUUGAUGAGAUUGACUACGACUACGACUGCUUUGGUAAUUACACAGCAGAGGCGGGUCAUGAUUACAACGGACGCGCUCCUAGAUAG